CAUUUGCUUGUCUCAAAUUGCAGUGCAGAGCAGAUUCAACACUCAGUUCUUUGCAUCUUCUCUAGAAUCUGUCACAGCCAUCAUGGUUUUCACUAAGCUGUCAAGGGCCCUUCUCCUUGUCUCUCUGCUUUCUCUUUGUACUCAAAGUCUGGAUGAUGAGUUCGACGUGGAAGUUCUUGCAGAAAUUAUAAAACAUUUUCACGAUAAAUUUCAACAAACACAGUAUGCAGCAGCCAUCAAUGUCCCAAAGAAUAAUGUCUUUUCAUUCCUGGAAGAAGCAAGCAAUGUGAGGGAACAUCUCGAAACUAAUCUGAUCUAUGAAGGCACUGAGCUGAUUGUUGCAAAAUUUUCUAAAGACAGACAUUCAGAAGAUCUACUGAUGAAUCCUCCAAAACAGUCUCUCUUAACAAAAUUGUUAAAUAAAAAAGGGUUGGAUGGAUGUGUGGUUUUCUACACCUUACUCUCUCCCUGUAUAGACAAGUGUCUCAGUAAUAAUAAUAACAACAUUUUACCAGGUCUUGAUGAAUUAAAAGUGCACACAGGAAUUAAAGCCUUUGCUUUCACACAUAUUUAUAGGCCUGACCAAGACAAAAAUGAUCUGCAUGCAGAACUGGGAAAGGUUGCUGAACGUGUGCCUCUCUACCGCUGUUUUUAUAAAUGUAUCCUUUGUGGAAAACCAGGAUCAACCACACCAAUAAAAGAGGUGUGUACAUGGGAAUCUAAAUUAUUUUUAGAAUAUAUUAACAAACUUUAUAACUAUACUCAAAGUAAUGCUUCAGGUUAAUUGAUGUUCUGAUGAGAGGAUAUAUGUCUGUUAAUGCUCAAAUGUAGCCUUUCUGUCAUAUAUGCUGCCUAAUGUUAUUUCUUUCAAAACACUUCUUACGUAUUCUUUGUAAACUCUUGGAGGGGAGAGCACAUGUUUAUUUUUUAUUUCUUUCCCCCAAAGAAAUUGCUUUUUAGUUAAUCAUUCUAAUAACAAAGAUUGUCAUCAGAUUUAACAGAAACCGGAGAUUUGUGAAUGUAGCUGGUUUUGAUAUAGGACCAAAUUCCAGUAAAUUAAAGCAUUUGUAUUCAAAAACAUUUUUCAUUACUAAGCCAGUUUAUUCCUGUGUGAACCACAAUAUUUUGUGUGGAUAUAUUGUUUAUUUGUUAAUGCUCAGGGUAAUAUUCAUUUUACAAAUGGUUAUGCUGGAGAAUUACAUUUCUUUUUGACAUAUAAAUAAAGUCCUCGAAAUGUGAA